CUCCUGCGUAUGCAUAUGCGACCGACGGCUUGAUUUCAUAACGUGAGGAGGAAGAGAGGAAUGGGGCUUUGAGCACGGAUGAGCACCAGAACCGGUACACUCUAUGCACCAGCAGUGUUAUCUGUGUUCCCGGGCCAUGCACACAGUGCUUUAGAGGAGAUGCGGUAGUGGAGGCUGCUGAUGCUGCUGUCCGAUCAGCUGUUUUUUGCGUCUUAAGCAUCAUCGCCGUGACGGCCAGAAAGAUCCAGAUCAAGCUCCAGAGCCAGGGACACCGCAGACCGGAUCACACAGGAUGGAGUUCAAGCAUCUGGUGGAGGCGGCGGAGAAGUGGUGUUCCGGUAACCCGUUCGACCUCAUCUUCGCCGAGGAGGACGACGAGAGGCGGCUGGACUUUUACGCAGAGCCCGGCGUCUCCUUCUACGUACUGUGUCCCGGCGGCACCGACACUUUCCACGUGUGGAGUGAAAGCGAGGACUGCCUUCCCUUCCUGCAGCUAGCCCAGGACUACAUUUCCUCCUGCGGGAAGAAGACUCUGCUGGAGGUGCUGGAGAAGGUCUUCACGUCCUUCAGGCCUCUGCUGGGCCUUCCAGAUAUAGAGGACGACAGUUUCGAGCAUUACCACGCUGACAUGGAGGGAGAACCAGGGCCCGACCACCAGCAGAUGGGGGUCAGCCAGCAGUGAUGAGGCCUGCAGCUGGGGCAGAGCUGCUAUGAGCCUCGACUCGGGCGUCCAAAUACUUAACAACACUCUAAUGAAAACACACACACACAUAAACACACACAGAACAUACUUGCAGUCAACUCGCUAAAAAUGCACCACCAUGUUUUUGAAUGUCUAAGUGGCUUUGCUUCCCAAAGAGUGCACUCUGUUGCACUGUUUUAAUCCCCCAACAAACCAAACACACACACAUUCUCAUACACACAAAAAGGCUACAUGAGGAGCAGCCAUGUAUGAUACGAGUGUCAUAAUGAUUCACCCCCUGGUUAGUUAAAGUUCCACCGCACAGCAAUACAUGGGCCUCAGCUGGCUUUGUUAUGCAGAAAUACAGUCAGAUGUCGCCACAAUACACACAUUUCCCCGUGGCUUCAGAGAUGAAUGUGAGAAUCAACCUACUUCUCUGCCUGCCUGUUGACAGGGAGGAUACAUGAGAGCUAAAUGAGAGUUGUAGUGAAAAGUGACAGUUUGUGGCUGUGUGAGACGUCGGUGGGAGUGACACAGGUGAAUGGAGAGGGGAGGGAAAGGGUUAUCAUUUUCCACCUCACGUAGGGAGAGAAGGAGGGGAGGGAGAAAAAAAAAGAGGUUCUCAGAUGAUUAACAUGUAAAAAAAAAAGAAAUGUUGUAUAGGUUUCAAAAUAAGUUUUCACAUUGGCCCUAGACUUUUAAAUCAAAGUGUGCAGCUUGAAGUAGCAUGGAUCAUUUUGGAGGUGCGUCUCUUAAAGUUUUCUCAGCACAGCCCCUCAAAGACCCUAGAGUCACAUUUAAAUCAAUGUUUCUAUCAUAUGACUAUCACAACAAAGGCCCGUGCUACAGUUUAAGCCCUGUUUUGGGUGUCUCAUUGUCACAUGACACCCAUAGUUCUUCUAUCUUGUAGUCUUCCUUCCUGGCUGUUGGUGGUUCACAGUUUGCCCUCCUUUCUUGGCACAAUCUGAUAAGAAAGCUUCCUAAAGCUAGCCGAAACCUCUUUUGCGUGUAUUGUUAUGAUUUCAUAGCUUCUUUCAAGGUUUCUCUUGAUCAUAAAUUUAAAGAGUGCACACCCAAACCCCUGUGUGAUAUCACAGGAAAGAGAAAAUAUUUGACAGGCACCCUCUGCCUACCCUGUAAUCUCUUAUCUCACAGUGUGUUGUUUUGUGUCACAUCCAGUGCACUGCUAUGCUUUAGUCCCCGCUGCUGUCCCCCACUCGAUACACAUUCAAGACUGUUUCAGAGGUUCCUCCUUAGCCCGUUUAUUUUGGCUUGUAAAUGUUUUUCUUUAUUGCCUAUUUGAAUGUUUAUAAUGCAGUGUAUCUUCUGUUUGUCCUCUGUGUGAAAUUGUUCAAUAAACGUGUGAACAGAG